CAAGUGAGCGAGAGGAGGACCAGACAGGAGGCAGACAGAAUAAAGGAAGUCACGGGAGGGAGAGGAAGGAAGGAGAUAAAGCAGAAACACGUCCCCGGGUCUCGCUAUGGAUACGGGCCAGAGCGCACAGGUCGCCGACAUGGGAGGAGAGCACUCCGCCGGGGUGUGCGUCGUGGAGCGGGACCGAGAGAGGUGCGAGGUGGCCAGCCCCUGCCCGCCGGCCAAGCAGCGUUCCCUGCGGGCGGUGUACGUCCUGAAUGACGGGCUGAAGUCUGUGAUGGCCAGCAGCCCGGAGUCCGGAGCGCUGCAGUGCCUGCAGAGAGCCUGCGACUCGGAGAGCGCGCUGCUCACCACCGUUACCUUCGGACGGCUGGACUUUGGAGAAACAUCCGUGCUGGACAGUUUCUACGAUGCAGACAUCGCGGUUGUGGACAUGAGCGAUGUGUUUCGGCAGCCUUCCUUGUUUUACCAUCUUGGCGUGCGGGAGAGCUUUGACAUGGCCAAUAACGUCAUCCUGUAUCAUGACACUGACCCCGACACUGCCCAGUCACUGAAGGACAUGGUUGCACAGAAAAACACAGCCUCCAGUGGUAACUACUACUUCAUCCCCUACAUAGUGACGCCUAAUCAUGAGUACAUGUGCUGUGAGAGUGACGCCCAGCGCAGGGCCAGUGAGUACAUGCAGCCCAGCUGGGACAACCUGCUUGGGCCGCUGUGCGUCCCCCUGACCGACCGCUUCACCAGCCUGCUGAAGGACAUCCAUGUCACAUCCUGUGCUUCAUUUAAAGACACCCUGCUAAAUGACAUCAGGAAGGCCAGAGAGAAGUACCAGGGAGAGGAGCUGGCCAAGGAGCUUUCCCGCAUCAAACUCCGAAUUGACAACACAGAAGUCCUCACCCAGGACAUCGUCAUGAACCUGCUGUUCUCUUACAGAGACAUACAGGACUACGAUGCCAUGGUGAAGCUGGUGCAGACUCUGGAGAUGCUGCCUACUUGUGAUCUGGCAACCCAGCCCAUGAUCCAGUUCCACUACGCCUUCGCCCUCAACAGGAGAAACAGCCCUGGUGACAGAGAGCAGGCUCUCAGAGUGAUGCUGCAGGUGUUGCAGUCGUGCGAACAUCCAGCGCCGGACAUGUUCUGCCUCUGUGGACGGAUAUACAAGGACAUCUUCUUGGACUCAGACUGCAAAGACAUGAAAAACAGGGACAACGCUAUACAGUGGUACAGAAAGGGUUUUGAGCUGCAACCAACUCUCUACUCUGGUAUCAACCUCGCUGUCCUCCUUAUAGUUGCUGGUCAACAGUUUGAGAGCUCCAUCGAACUGAGGAAAAUUGGUGUGAGGUUGAACAGUCUGCUGGGGCGUAAAGGCUCUCUGGAGAAGAUGAAUAACUACUGGGACAUUGGCCAGUUCUUCACUGUUAGCAUGCUAGCUCAUGACAUCACUAAAGCUACUCAGGCUGCUGAGAAGCUCUUCAAACUCAAGCCGCCUCUCUGGUAUUUGCGGUCAGUGGUGCAGAACCUGCAGCUGAUCCAGAGGUUUAAGAAGCAGACGGUGGAACAUUCUCCUCAGCGGGAGAAACUCAACUUCUGGAUGGACAUCAUCGUCGAGGCAACACAGGGCACCACCAAUCGACUGCGGUUUCCAGUGUUGAUUCUGGAGCCGACUAAGGUUUACCAGCCCUCGUAUGUGUCCAUUAACAACGAGGCUGAAGAGAAGAACGUCUCUAUCUGGCAUGUUUCUCCUGCUGAAACUAAGGGGAUCCAUGAGUGGAAUUUCACUGCAAUGUCCAUCAAAGGCAUUAGCAUCAGUAAGUUUGAUGAGCGUUGCUGCUUCCUCUACGUCCACGACAACUCAGACGACUUCCAGAUCUACUUCUCCACUGAGGAGCAGUGCGGUCGGUUCUGCUCCAUGGUGAAAGAGAUGAUAUCUGAUGGAACGGGAAACGCUGUGGAGCUGGAGGGGGAGGGAGACGGAGAUACACUGGAGUAUGAGUAUGACACGAAUGAGACGGGGGACAGGGUGGUGUUGGGGCGGGGCACCUAUGGAGUGGUGUAUGCUGGGAGAGACCUCAGCAACCAGGUCCGCAUCGCCAUCAAAGAGAUCCCUGAGAGAGACAGCAGGUAUUCCCAGCCCCUCCAUGAAGAGAUCGCCCUUCACAAGUACCUGAAGCACAGGAACAUUGUUCAGUAUUUGGGCUCCGUUUCUGAGAACGGAUACAUCAAGAUCUUCAUGGAACAAGUGCCUGGAGGAAGCCUGUCUGCGUUGCUGCGGUCCAAAUGGGGCCCGCUGAAGGAGGCCACUAUAAUCUUCUACACCAGACAGAUCCUGGAGGGCCUCCGAUACCUGCACGAGAACCAGAUCGUCCACCGAGAUAUCAAGGGUGAUAAUGUGUUGGUGAACACCUACAGUGGUGUGCUGAAGAUCUCAGACUUUGGUACCUCGAAGCGGCUUGCCGGAGUCAACCCUUGCACAGAAACAUUCACUGGUACUCUGCAGUACAUGGCUCCAGAAAUCAUUGAUAAGGGCCCUCGGGGGUACGGGGCCCCGGCUGACAUAUGGUCCCUGGGGUGCACCAUUAUAGAAAUGGCCACUGGGAAACCUCCCUUUCAUGAGCUGGGAGAGCCACAGGCGGCCAUGUUUAAGGUGGGUAUGUUCAAGAUCCACCCAGAGAUCCCUGAGUCCUUGUCUUUAGAGGCCAAGUCGUUCAUUUUGCGCUGCUUUGAGCCAGACCCCCACAAGAGGGCCAUCACCUCGGACCUCCUCAGAGACACUUUUGUCAGACACAACACCAAGGGCAAGAAGAGCAAGAUCGCCUUCAAACCAUCAGACUACAUCCACAAUGUUUCGCUGCCAGUGCAGCUGCAGUGUGAGGCCGCCGGCAGCAGCAGCAGUGAACACGGUUCUGUGAGCCCAGACUGCGACUCUAAACACGAUGUUUUCUUCCAAAAAAAGAAAAGCUCUGGCUCCGAGAACCUGCUCAAACCCCCCAACUCCAACUACUUGAGUGUUCCAGAUGAGGGUUCGGUGUCGGAGGACCGCAGUGCCCCCCCGUCCCCUGAGGACAGGGACAGCGGUCUGUUCCUGCUGAAGAAGGACAGCGAGAGGCGGGCCAUUCUGUUCAAGGUCCUCAACGACGACCAGGCAAAGGUCAUCUCCAACCUGAGAGAGAACCACAUCCAGGGCAUUGAAGAGCUUCAGCUGUCUGUCGACCACAUCAAACAGAUCAUCUGCAUCCUCCGAGACUUCAUCCAUUCCCCAGAGAGGCGCGUCAUGGCGGCCACCAUCUCCAAACUCAAGCUGGACCUGGACUUCGACUCCACCUCCAUCAACCAGAUUCAGCUGGUGCUCUUCGGCUUCCAGGACUCGGUAAACAAAGUCCUGAGGAACCAUCACAUUAAACCCCACUGGAUGUUUGCAAUGGAUAACAUCAUCCGCCGAGCCGUGCAGGCAGCAAUCACCAUCCUCAUACCAGAACUGAAGACCCACUUCGGCCCGGCGUCAGAGUGUGAGGGAGCAGAGAAGGAAGACGAAGUGGAUGAAGAGGAAGUAGAGUUUGGUCCCGUUCUAGCUCCUCACGCUGACGACCCCGGGACAACAGCUGACCCCACCCACUCCGCGGUCAGCACGCUAAACUCCGCCCACUCCCAGGAGCAUCAGCGCUCGCAUCAUCUACUGGGUGCACAGCUGGGGCGGCUCAAACAGGAGACAAACAGGCUGCUGGAGGAGCUGCUGCAAAAGGAGAAGGAGUACCAGCAGGUCCUGAAGGCCACACUGCAGCAGAGAACACACGACCUGGAGCUGGUCAGAGUCAGACACAGACCGCCAGACAUAUCACCUCCCUCCAUCUUCCACAUCCCAGCAGACCACGAGCCGGACAGGCAGCUCACCGAUUGGCUGAAGGAGCAAGGAGCAGACUCCGACACUAUAGAUAAGUUUGUGCUGGAGGAAUACACACUGACCGACAUUCUCAAUGACGUUACCAAAGACGACCUCCACUGUCUACGUCUACGGGGUGGAGUCAUCUGCCGCAUUUGGCGGGCCAUCCAGCGGCACCGUGAGCGAGAGAGGCUGAGGGGAGACCAAGGCUCAGAAGAUGAUGCAUGAUGGGAUACACAGACUACAACUCUGGAGGACUCUGUUCGGCAUAAACAUGCACACAUCUGCACACUGCCAGCCACGCACGGCGACCUCUCCUUUCUCGCUCUCUCUCCACGGUGCCUUUUCAUGUUGUAGUCUCUGAGUACUCGAUCUUUGUUUGAAUGUUCUUCUACACACAGUGCCAGACUUGACCAGACCAAAGCGCUUUAGUGCAAGUACUACUGUAUGUAUCUGUAUGUGCAUUUAAAUGCGUGCCACAAUGUGUUUGUUGAGAAUUUGUAAGAAAUAUGCAGUCCCCUUGUUUUGUUUUGUUUAAUUAGAAAACUCGAGAGAAAAAAGGCGUCAAAAUGUUCUAGUUUCAGGUUGAACUUUUAUUAUUGACUGGAUAAUUAUUCCAAAACUGUACAAAGAUUGAGUACACAAGCUAGUGCAUAUACCAGAGGUGGGACCAAGUCAUUGUUUUGCAAGUCACAAGUAAGUUUCAAGUCUUUGCCCUCAAGUCCCAAUUCAAGACCGACAAGUCAGAAGUCGUCCCAAGUCCUACAGUUUGAGUUUUGAGUGCUUUUAACAACAGUAAAAAUAUUUACACUGAUCAUGCAUGUUUUUAAAAUCUGUAUUUAUCAAAACUUAAUUUUUUGUAAGAACAUUCUUCAAACAUUUGAAAAAAAAAAACAAGUGCAUAACAAGAGCAUAUUGCACUAUAACUAGUUCCACAGCAGUUUAUGUCCUGUCUUGUCUCAUCUCAUGCUGUCUGUGUGUGUGUGUGUGUGGGUGUGAGUAUACAUGUGGGUACAUGAAUUUAUAGCCGAACGAAACUAUCUUUGGUAUCAUUGUUGCUCCUCUUCAUUGGUUGUCCUGCAAUUUGAUUGGAUGGAUACUGUUGGAUCAAAAUAAAGUGGAUCCAGUUGAUUAGAUGUUGUGCUGACAGCACACGACAGACACACGACAGACACGCAGCACACAUUUACACAGAGAGAUAGAGAGGUCCUUAGUAAUAUACUUUUUUAAUCUUUAGUCUUGGGGAAAGUAGCAAAUCUUUUGAAGUCCAAGUGAAGUCACAAGUUAUUGGUCCAAUUCGAGUUGCAAGUCUCUUUACAUUUUGUCGAGACAAAAGUCAUCACAAGUCUGACUCGAGUCCACACCUCUGGCAUAUACUAUCUACUUUUCCACUUAUGACAGGGGGUCUGUUGUCAGUAAAACAUAUGAAAAAAUGAGAGAGCCACAUGGAGAUAAUUUAUUGAAACAUGCAAACACAUGCCUGCUACCACCUCGCUGCCUUUACAUUUGUAUGCAUGUUAAGAUUUUCUUUAUAUUCAAACUAUAAGUGUUCUUUUCUCCUCUCUGUGUACCUCUAUUUCAAUGUUUUUUUUUAUUCCAACUGUUAAAUGUUUGUGCUUGUCUGUUUCAUUGAUUGCUUUAAAACUGCUAUAAACCUGGAAA